AUGGCACAAGUUAUAGGAUGGGUUAGAAGAAAGGUUAAUAAUUUGAGUAUGACGAAGCAGGAGAUUGGAACUGCCACAGUUCUCGUAGUUCUACUUUAUGUAUCAUCAGCAAUGAUGUUUUUCGGAAUGAAUUUUUGGCUGUGGUCAUUUGAGAAAGGACUCAAACGAAGCUACACUAGUAUUCUUAUUCCUUCUCUAGGUUGGGCUCUCUUAUUUUUUCUUUCCGGUUUUGUUCACCGUUUGGUUCAACGAUAUCAUGGACGACCUGAGAAUUUCUUCUUUUGGGUAUGUCAUGAGGGUGUUAUGUUAUUAUUUUUAAUAGGUCUUUUUGAUUCAUUAACAGGACUUUUUGGUAUGUAUGCUGCUGUACAUGUUCCAGUGUUACUACAAUCUGCACUUAUAUCAACAGGCCCUAUUUGGACGUAUUUACUUGCAUCUUUUUUGUACCCAGAAAGUCAACCAUCAUUUUCACCAUUGUUACUUGUAGUCAUUGCCUGUACAGCUGGGGGAGUAGCACUUGCAAUGAUUCCUCAGGCUAAAAAUCAUAAUAAAAAUACUUACUUUAGUCCUCCAUGGAUAGUAAUAUUUCUCUGUGCAACAGCUUUAUUUCCUCUUUAUAACGUUUUACAAGGUCGUUUCUUACAUAAAUUUUCAGAAUGUUGUUCCCCAUUUACCGCGAAAAUUGUAAUGUUAACAGUAGAAACUAUUGUACAGCUUUUCUUAACUAUAAUGUACUUUCCUUUGGAUUCCUUGCCUUUUUUCGGGAAAUGUGAUUCUAUACAAGAGUCAUGGGAUAUGCUACUUUCUAGCGUCAGAUGCAUUGGUACAUGUCCUAAUAAUGCUGGUUAUAUGUUAGUUUACGUAUUAGGAUUUUGGAUUCGUCAUCUGGUAUUUGCGUACAUGAAUAGUUAUUCACCUAUAGUAGCAGCUGUAACCAGUCAGUUGACACAACCAAUCAAUACAUUUCUUUUAUUGUUGAUUCCUUCAUGGAAUGUAUAUGGGGCAGCAGCUUCUUGGUAUUAUACAAUGGGUUGUUUUUUUCUUUUACUUGUAUCAACGAUUGUUUUCGUUAGUUGGCAUUUGUUUAAUCAACAAAGACGUGAUGCUCAGUGGGGAUCAACAUCGGAAACAACUGUUGAAACCCUCAUGGUUGAUGAAACUAACGAAAAAUAG